AUACAAAAUAUCCCUAAUUUAAAAUACAGAUAUGAGAACACAACAGUUUUGAGCAUUUUUUUUUGUUAUAUUAUUACUUAUUACAUUUGAUAACUUGAUAACUUGAUAACUAAUUUAAAGUGACAUUAUAAAUUAAAAAAAAACAGUCUAUAAAGUAAUGUUUAUAAAAACGCAGUUUUAGUAUUUUCAUUACAGUCAAUGUGAUAAUUCAUAUACACAUAUUAUUUAUUAUUACUCCUUUAGUUUUGUUUAUUUUUUUUUCCUUAUUUUUGUGUUAAACAAGAAUUUAUUUAUUACAUAUCUAGAAGCUUGUGGCAGAUAUAUCUGAUUUAAUAAUUUUAAAUAUCAAAAUAUUUAUAUUCAAAAACAAAAUUUAUUCAAGCCAGUUAGUAAAAAUUAUUACCUAUAAAUUAGUGAUAAAAAUCUCAAUAUGUUACUGAUCAUAGCUCUAUUACUUGGAUCACUGUUUUUAUGGACGUUAGUACGAAAGAAACUUACCACAUGGACCAGGAGAGGUGUGAAACAAACUCACCCUUACACCAUUUUAGGAGAUUCUUGGCGGAAUAUUUUCCAAGUCAUGAGUAUACCCGAUUUUCUUCAGAAAGUUUAUUACAUGUAUCCAAACACCAGAUACACUGGAUUUUAUCAGAUCUUGAAACCGGUCCUGAUGAUCAAAAAUCCGGAAUUGAUCAAGCAAAUUGCCAUCAAGGAUUUUGAUCAUUUUACCGAUCACAGGUCUCUAGGAACGGACGAAGAUUUUGAACCACUUUUUGCAACACAACUUUUCUUUUUGAAAGGACAGCGUUGGAGAGAUAUGCGGGCGUUGCUGUCAGGCUCAUUUACUAGUAGUAAGAUGAAGACUAUGUAUGGUCUUAUCGCUGAAUCUGCAGAUCACUUUACGGAUUACUUUUUAAAACAAUCGAUAGACCUUAUUGAAUUGGAUUUAAAACCAGCUUUUACAAGAUUCACAAACGAUGUCAUAGCAUCUACAUCGUUUGGAAUUCAAGUGGAUUCAAUGACAGAACCCGACAAUCAGUUUUACAGAAUGGGAAGUGAAAUAGCAAAUUUUAACAACCUGAAAACGUUUUUCAAAAUUUUUGCUUACCUACUUGUACCUUCUUUAAGCAGGUUUUUAAAUAUGAAGAUGUUUUCUAAAGAGUCUUCAACCUUUUUUACUGAUAUCAUUAGCCAAACGAUCAAAAUGAGGGAAGAGAAAAAUAUCGUUAGACCUGAUAUGAUCAAUCUGCUUCUGGAAGUGAGAAAGGGCAUAGUUAAGAAAGACGAUGAAUCGGUUACUGAUACGGGAUUCGCCGUGGUAGAAGAGUCGCAACACAUUUCAAAGACUCCUAAAAAACACAGAGAGUUAACCGACACUGAUAUAACAGCUCAAGCGAUCAUAUUCUUUCUUGCUGGUUUCGAUACCGUCUCAUCGGCAAUGUCAAAUUGUUGUUACGAACUGGCAAUCAAUCCAGAAGCUCAAGACAAACUGAGGGAAGAAAUUAAAAGCGUUUUAGCUGAAAACAAUGGGGAAAUCUCUUAUGAAACUACCUUAAAAAUGGAGUAUUUAGACAUGGUAGUUUCGGAGACUCUAAGAAAAUACCCAGGCUUAAGUUCAACCGAUAGAAUUUGUGUAAAAAGUUACACAAUUGAACCGAAAACUCCUGACGAGGAGCCCGUACACCUGAAACCUGGCGAUAUGGUCUUUUUCCCGAACUUCAGCGUCCUACGCGAUCCCAAGUACUAUCCCGAUCCGGAUAAGUUUAUUCCCGAGCGUUUUUCUGAAGAGAACAGGAGCAAAAUUGUACCCUACACUUACAUACCCUUCGGAAUAGGACCUAGGGCGUGUAUCGGUACCAGGUUCGCCCUGUUGGAAGUGAAAACCAUUCUUAUUAGGUUACUGAGCAAGUUCGAAGUCGUGCCAGUCGAGAAGACAAAAAUUCCCAUGGCCUUUAACAGAUCCACGUUGUCAGUUGUGUCUGAUAACGGGUAUCCCCUUGCUUUGAAACGUUUGAAAUAAUCGCAAUUGUGAUAAUUGAAUUGAAGAUAUGUACUCGCUUUCAUUUAAUUCUAAAUGUAUUUCAUGUGCCAGAAAUCGUUAAUUUUUAAGUAAUUAGUAUGAAUUACUGUUUGAUGUAUUUUAAUUUUAUUUACAUACUUGUUUGAAUUUUUAUACUCUUAAUUAUUAAAUUUCGAUAUAAGUAUAUUAUUAGGAUAAUAAUUUAUGGUAUAAUAAAUUUUUAAGUUGUUAAUAAUAAAAUGUAUUUAGUCUAUAA